GUGGGUGUGUUAAAUGUUGGAAAGAAUAGAUUAGUUUGUGAGUUUUUCACAUAAUGAGCGAGAAAGAAAAAGAGAUGGAGGAGAGGGAGAUUGUUGAGCAUUGGAGCCAUGAGCAUCCACUUGCUUUGGUGGAAACUCGUAGAGGAGAUAAAUGUUAUGGUUGUGAAAAGUGGUUUAGUAGUGGAGAGGAAGCUUAUGGAUGCAGCGAGGGAUGCUGGUAUACAAAAUUAUUACACCAAGAAUGUGCAGGAGUGGCAAGAAAGAUAAGGCAUGAAUUGCACCCUCAACACAUAUUCAUCCAAGAGCACGAACGAUGUUUAUGGAAAUGUAAAAUAUGUGGAGAGAUUAUAUGGAGCAUUGGUUACAGAUGUAAGAGCAUAGAAUGUAAGUUUCAGAUGCACAUGAGAUGCGCGCAAUAUAGCGGCAUGAUGGAGGCAACAGCCGAUGAUGAUGAUGAUGAGCAGCAAAGUGCAGGCAACAUCAUUCGUCAUCCAAGUCACCCCAAACAUGAAUUGAAGUUGUUGAGGAGGUUUUGCUCCUUCAAGUGUGAUGCUUGCGGCACCACACGCAGAGGGAGUUCCUACACAUGCACCGCGGAUGCUUGUGAGUAUUGGAUCCACGAGAGAUGCGCAUCCUUGUCUCCGACCAUGGAAAGGGAAGACCACCAUCACUCUCUUACUCUCUCUUUUCAUAUCCCACUUGAAUGUAUCAAGUAUGACUACAAAUGCGAUGUAUGCAAACAAUAUUUGUUGCCCAAACAUUGGAUAUACCAUUGUCACCUUUGCAGAUAUAUUGUCCACAUCAAGUGCGCCUACAAAAGCAACACCAUUGAAAACAAUGCAAGUGCAUCCAAUGGGAAAGACAUGAUCCAACUUCCAACUAAUGACGUGGCUGGGGAGCUAAUUACACCUUUUGUCAAGAGACAAGGAGGAGAAGCAAUAGCAAUAGCAAUACCACCCACUGAUGAUCAUGAUCAUGAUGAGAUGGUGAAUGUGAAAUACAAGUUCCUUCAUCACCAACAUCAACUCACAUUGUCCUUUCAUUAUCAAAACCAAGAAGAAGAAGAAGACGAGGAGGAGGAGGAUUAUGGAAAAAAAUCAGAAUUAUUAUGUGAUGGGUGCAUUACUCCUAUAUUUUCAUCAUCAGAUAAGUACUACUACAUGAGUUGCAGUGAAUGCAAAUACAAUCUUCACAUGGCCUGCUUCCACUUGCCAUCUAAGAUCUCCUCUCCUGCUGUCCACAAACGUCAUCCCUACCUACUCCUUCAAUCAUCCAGCCGUAACCCAUGGGAGUACUGGAAAGAGUGCUGGGUCUGUUGGAACAGUACGAAUGGGUUAUUCUACGCUUGUAUAGAAUGCUCCUUCAAAGCAGACAUCAAGUGCGCUUCUAUGCCGGAUACCAUAUAUCACAUGGCUCACCCACAACAUCCCCUCAACCUUCUCUCUCACCAUGAUGUUGAGAGACAACAUUACCAAAAUUAUUGUGGUGCUGAUUGUGGUGUCCGCUCAUCAAAUUAUGAUGUUUACGUGUGCGGCAGUUGUGACUUCAUUGUGCACGUUCGAUGCGCGGGGCUGCCAACAUCAAUCAGCACCCGUAGAUGGGACAAGCACCACCCACUACCGUUGACAUACGAUGCCCAUCUCAACCAUCCCGAUGAAUUCUACUGCGAUGAAUGUGAAACAGAAAUGAAUCCCAAGAGCUGGAUGUAUCACUGCCGCCAAUGCGAUAUAUCCUUCCAUCCCCGCUGCUUUAUAACCACAUCGGGUGAGUUUAGAAAUAUCAAGUUCGGAAAGGAAUAUGUGAUUAAUGCGGCAGCUCACCCACCACACCCUCUCGCCUUUCAACUUCUCACCACAAAACGCCCCUGCCACAUUUGUCAUCGGUAUAGGCAUACGUAUAAACGUUCAGGAUUUCACUGUGCAUUAUGCAACUUCUUCAUUUGUUUAUACUGCGGUCAAAAAUUUCUGAAAGAUGGCAACAUGAAGGCCGUCGAUUGACCAAACCAUCUACUACAAUCCUCAUACAGAGAUCAUGGUGCUUUACCUCUUUCUUCUUCUAUGUUUGUGUCUUACCGUUGUUAAUUUAAUUAUUGUUUACAUCUUUCUUCUUGUAUAGCUAUGUUUAUGUAUGUGUCUUGUUUCUCACUCCAAUAAAACAACUUAUAUUUCAUGGGC